ACAUUGACACUUGACAAUCAGAUCAGCGCUCAUGGUGAUGAUAAUAUGCCGGCGAUAUAUUUUUAUUUAGACUCAUACGUAAAUCUCUGAUUGCAUUCGAUUAUACGUAUUUACAGGUAUAAAUUCAAUGGGUUCAAUAGUAAAGUGAUAUUUAUUUUAAAACUCUGAACUUGGUGUUGCACAACAGUCGUUAUCUUUGCACGAGCUAGAUUCUUGGAUCGUGGCUGCAACCCGAUAUGUCGGGCCACGGCUCUGAUGAGGAAGAGAAGCCUUGUCGGGCGUGUUCCGAUUUUAAAUCAUGGGCCAAGUCGCAGAAGCCACCGAAACCUGGUGCUCCGAAAAAGGAACCUUCUUCUAAGCCACCCCGGAAGGACUGCCCGUUAGACAAGGAAGAGCUUGGGCAGGCAACAUGGGGCUUUCUCCAUUCCAUGGCCUCCUACUACCCGGAAAAGCCCACAAAGGCUCAGGCCAAAUCUAUGACACAGUUCUUCAAUAUCUUCUCCCAGUUUUAUCCUUGUGAGCCAUGUGCCAUAGACUUUAGAGAAGAUUUAAAAGAAAAUCCUCCACAGACAGAAUCAAGAAACGCUCUAGCACAAUGGCUGUGUGAGCGACACAACACAGUGAAUGAGAAACUUGGUAAACCAACUUUUGACUGCAGCAAAGUGCAUGAGAGGUGGAAAGAUGGCUGGCUUGAUGGCUCCUGUGAUGGUUAAAACCUAUAACUAGAAAUAGUUGUACUUUGAAGUGAAACAAUACCUCAAGAUGUAGUAUUAUGUUUGCUGCAAUAUGUUGUUAGUUCUGUGAAAAGCAUUUUAUUAUAAAUACCGAAUCACAUAUCCUCUGACGUAAAAUCUUAGGUUUGGUUAAGGUUAGGUUACCUCACGCACAAACCGAGCCUCGGCCGAGGCACGUCUACACUGGCCGAUUUGUGCGUGAGGAAAUUGCCUCGCGCGUAUGUACACUCUGUGUGGAUCCGCCUUUUGUGUAUUUUGAAGAAUUUGUACGAGUUUUGUUAAACAGUCAUCAAUCAUUAAUAUCAACAUGAUAGUGCGUGCCCAUGUAAAAUAAUAAUUCAAGGCCUGUAUAUAAUAGUUUGACUAGAUGGCUUUGUCAGUCCCAUAUAUUUUGUAUGUAUAGUGUUGUGAUAGCUAACGGUAAAUACAAUCCAGUGAAUGUGUUUAUUAAAGCACUGUUCUUAGUUUGAUCACCAGGUUUAGUGUCUUCAACUCUUCACUCAGGAAAAGCUAUUGUUAAUACAUUUGUAUCAUAUUUUAAUGUGUUAUUAUAUUAAAUGUUUAUACUCUUUUGAGUAAGAAAUAA